CUGUUACAGUGUGAACUUCAAAUGUUACAAGCAUUGAACUUCGAAAUAAAUAUACCUUUACCGCAUCAUUUUUUGGAUAGAGGAAUUCUAGCGUGUGGUGAUUUAACAUUGGAUGGAAAAACCAAGGUUGAAUUGAUAUGUCGUUAUCUAUUUGAAUUAAUUCUAACUGAAUCCUCGACAGUCGGCAUAUCAGCUUUUGUAAAGUGUGCUGCUGGUCUUUACCUAUCUCGUGAACUUUUACGCUUGAAAUGCGAACGUGAUGUAAGCAGAGGGCAUGAAAAUCCACUUAAUGCGAAUGGCAACAACAUUUUACUUGAUCCAUCAAAGAAAUUGGAAACAUGGCCAGAAUCUAUUGGACAAAUUAUGGGACAAGAAAGUUUAGUCAAACUAUUGCCAAUGGUACUUAUUUAUAUUCAAAAAGUAAUCAAAUAUCUACCCAAUUCAGAUAUAGAAGAAGCAGAAUAUGUGGGUGCUUUUCAAAAAUACAGUAACCGAAAUUACGGUAAAAUUGCUCUUUCUGAUAUAAUACUGGAAGCUGAUUAUGAUCUGAUUGUACGUGAUAUUGAUGAAAAGUUGGCAAUCGAUUCUGAUCCUUUAUAGACUCCUAGUACUACUACCUGCCUGCCUGCCUACCUACAUAU